CCAUAGUAACCUGAAGUGCCCGGAUGUGCCGAGGUUAUGCUAACAUUAGCUAACUUUGUGCUAAUGUUAAUUAAUGUUGUCCCCUUAAUUUACUCUUUCUUCAGUGGGGAUUAACUAGCUAAUUAAACGUUAGUCUUGAGGCAUUAUAGCUUGAAGACAACCUUGUUAAUGGUCUUUAAAGAGUGAAAUGGAUGACACAGGGGUUAGCAGCAGCAGCCGUAACACCAUAAGGACAGAUCUCAGUUUGCUGCUGGAGUGUCUGAAGUUUCAGAUGAAAUGUCCAGAUCUGCAGAAACAAGCUCUUCUCACAAUUCACUCCAUCUGUGAAAAGAGAGAGGAUAAUGUGGACCUGCUGAGAGAAAUGGGAGGUGUGACAUUUGUGUAUAACCUCUCCAAAUCCAGUAUUGUUCGCUCAGAUGUCAAGGAGACGGCACUCUUCACGCUUGGCACGUUAGCAGAGGCCAAUGUGUAUUGCAAGAAUUAUCUGUGCAGAAAGGAGACAUUUGCGGACCUUGCCGGUUGGUUGAUGAAAGAAGACAUCCCGCUGACACAGAAGAGAGUGUCUGUGUAUUUGCUGUCCGUGUUGAUAGCCAACAACAAAUCUGGACAGACUUUAGGACAAACCACUGGCUGCCUGGAUAUUCUACUGGACCUCUUCAGGACCACUUCCCCUCUCUCCACAGAGGCUACUUUGAGAGCUAAUGCUACUCAAACCUACCAGCUUUGGGCAUCUGUGUCUAGUGCUCUCUGUGGAUGUGUCAACAACCCUCAGAAUGAGGAGGGUCAGCGUAUUUGUGUAGCGGCCUUUCCCAUAAUAAACAUCUGGCUUCAGCAGAUUGCUCUGCCACGCGCUGAGAUUUUUCAACCCAUAUGUUCCUUCAUAGCAAUGACGGUUGCCAACAACUCCUGUGUUCAGGAGAGUUUUUCUGCCUCGGGGUGUCUGGAUACUCUCACUCUUGCGCUGGUUCGUCUGGCUUCUGCGGCUGAUACAAGCUUGUUGUCUUGCCAGUUGUCUGUCACUAUAUCCAAGACCCUGUCAGCUUGCAUCACAGAAAACACUUCUCUGGCUUCAGGUCUGGCUCAGUAUGGUGUGGUUUCCCACCUAUUCUCCCUGCUGGCCAGCCCAUACAUGGACCCUGAGGACAGGCUCUCUGUUUUACUCACCCUGGGUCACUGCACUGAAGCCUCUGAGGAGCACCAGUCCCAGUUGGUGCAGUGUGGCGGCCUGCCCCUUAUCAUAACCCUACUCACAGAGGAUACAAGUGAGGAAGUCAGGAAGGCUGCUACGUUCAUAUUGCAGACCUGCAAACAGGCCACCAUGUCCUUGGGAGUGCCCGGUCUGAUAGUGAGACAGGGGGAGGGUAAAAAUGUUGAACCCUUCAUAAACAUGGACGGCUUCAAGAGCUCAGCCAGAGAGUUGCUGCGCAGGAUUGGCCUGCUAGAGAAGAGACAGACAAAGGUGGCUGAGGAUGAGCAGGAAGACACAGAGUCGUUAACUUCAACCGAUGGGCUUGGCCAACCACUUCGGCCUCUGACCUUACCUCUGCAGCAGAAGGAGAGCAUUACAACCAUCCCCACAGCAUUUAGACAGAACAGCGCUCGUGUAAAUGUAGAAGAAGGGGGUGACAACAGCUUUAAACAUCAAACUGUCAGAAACGUGAUCAAGAAUAAGAAUGACAGUGAACUGAAGCACAUGAGCUCCAAUUUAAGUCUGCAGGAAGAGACGGCUAAAACCAGUGGAGGCGGUGUGUGGUGUUCACUGUGCAAGGGUACUGGAGCCAUAAUGUCUCCCCAUCUGCAGCCACUAGAUGGAGGCAGAGAGCCUCAUACAGCAGACAAUGUGUUAUUUAAGCCCCCAGCACCAGGGAGGCACAGUGUACCAAAAGAAAUGAAAUGCACUGAUGAAGAAGAGAUGCAGGGCGUAGAGAUGAGUCAGGUGGGGAAAAUCCCAGUGGAGGAACCCUCACUCUCUCGUAUCCGGUGUGCAGGUUGUGUGUUGCCUUUUGAGCAGGUGACCAGUCGUACUUUUGAGUUUCUCCAAAGCUCCUGCGCCCACAGCUGCGACAUGCACAAGGUUCUCCAGGAGGCCAUGGAGCGGUUCAGGACUCGUCACCGCAACCUUCUGUUAAGGAGAGAGUACCAAGACGACACUGUGGAGCAGACAGACCCAGACUCUGAGAGAGUUCCAGCUGCAGAGCCACAGACGAGCUGGAAAAACUGGAGCGAGGUCGGCCUGACUCCCAUAUGUAAAGGAACAGGGAACGGCAAGAUCUCCCUGCCAGAACAACACUGGAAGAGGCACAGUGGUAUCACUUUGACUCCACUGCAUAAAGGAGCUAAAAGGGAUAUAUCAUCCACGUAUGACAACACAGGUCCAGACUUGAUUCCCCUGAAAAGGUCUCAUCUUCCUGAAGAGAGAAGAGGAAGGAAUGAUAGUGGAAAUCACGCUGUUGAUGAUGAGCCAAGGACGAGCACAGAUCCCGGUUCCGCUAGAAGGAAGAGGAGAGACUUCAGCAGUGAGGAGGUGCGUUACCUGCUGAGCGGAGUGAACACUUACGGCUCCUCCUGGAACUCCAUCUUGUGGUCGUACCCCUUCAAACCCGGACGCACCAAUGUUGACCUGGCCAAGAAGUACAGGCGGCUAAUGAAAGCUAAAGCUGAGGAGUGUGGCUGUGCAUGAUCCUGGUCCUGAGAUCCUGGGCCUAGUCCAUUAAUAAUGGCCCCCUGUGAAUAAUAGCCUUGAUUCUCUUCACACUGUAUUUAUUGGAAAAAAUCCAAAGAAGCAUUUACUUCAUAUACUAAUAUAUUGAUAUAUUUACAUAUACAUAUAUAAUAUACUGCUGGAGCUGUUGUCCCUGCGACCCGACCCCGGAUAAGGGGUUGAAGAUGAGUACUAAUAUAUUGACAGAUAUUGUUUCUUGUUGUGUGUUAAAGCAUUAAAACAGGUGUUUG